AUGGGUGACAUCCCGCGUAACACCAACCCCUUCCCGACAACCCCCCCACCGGCGCCCAAAACCACCACCACCACCAGCGAAAAAACUACCACCACCACCGACGAAAAACCAACCACCACUACGACAGCAAGUGCUAUUACCACUACCCACGCUCCGUCACCCAUCGUCACAUCCUCAGUAAUCAAAUCUGCAACUUCAGAUUCACACUCAAUCUCGGCCUCCUUCUCCUCGUCCGCACUCGUGUCUCCCUCCACGACACCAUCCCCAUUGACGGCACUCCCGGUGUCCAAAGGCGACGACGACCUGUUCGGUCGACCCGCGACCGUAGGCGGGUUCAACAUGACGGCGGGCAUCUUAAUCUAUGGAUCCUUCGUAGUCCUCUUUGUUGCGGCAGUCGGAUUCGCGACAGUGCAUCGUCUCCGGACUCGACGUGCUUUCCGGUUGAAGCAGAUGGCGACCCAGGAGGGGCCUGGUCAUGGGAACGAUGACGGAGAGAGUGGACGAAGAGGUUUGCCGAGAGGACUUGUUGGUGGUAUUGGAGGCACGGGUGAGAAGAGGAUGUAUAUGGAUGAAGAUUUGAAGUUGGAGUUUGGGGAUGAUGAGAAGGAGAAUAUGGGUGCGGUGAGGGGGAUGGAGGAUGAGGAGGAGGAUAUGUACACUUAUCCUAACCGAAGUGAGUUGUUCAAGAAGGCUUCUAUGAGUCGCAAGGCUUUGAUGACCGACGCUGCCCCUGCGGCGACUUCUCCUCCUUUGAAGGCUGUUUCUACUACCAACGCCAACACUCCUUCUGCCAGGGCUGCGAAACGCGCCUCAUCGUCUUCUACGUCUUCUUCCAGAUCCAAGAGAUUGUCAUCCGCCCAAGAGUACGAUAUCUACACCUCAGGUUCCCGUGGCGGUGUCAUGACCGCCGCUGCAGCCGUCGCAGCCCUCGACCGUCCCAAGGCCGCCAUCUCCAACCCCGUCGUCCGCUUUGAAGAUACCGAUUCAACCAUGGGCAGCAUCCUCAUCUCCCGCCCAUCCUUCAGCAAGACCACCUCCAUCGCAAGCUCCGACGAUCUUGACCACAUGACCUCCUACAGCCCCGAACCCGUCCUCCUCGAAAUCGACGACGAAUCCGACUACUCCUCCCCUCCCUUGCGCGAAUCCCCCUCAUCCCUCGACACCACCUACAAGGUCCUGACAACCCUCCCGCCAGCAGCCUACCAAUCCCGUGGCCAACAGGGGUACAUGGCUCCCACCCAGAGCAGCACUACCCAACAGAAGCGUCAAUCCCCUCCACCACCCCCCAAAUCCCUCAAACGUCUCUCCCCCGUCUCGACCGCCGGAGCGACACUCGCCAAGAACUACCAGCAAGCCCACCCCAUCGCCUCGACCGCCAAACUGGGCCCUACCAAGACUUCUACGGCCCCCGCUGUCUCUACCGCCGCCCUGUCGCGCUCCAACACCCUCCGCACCGGAUUCACAUCCACAUCCGCCCGCGGUGCCAACAAUAAUGGUCUCAAGCGCUCCAGCAGUACCAGCACCACGUCCUCCAUUUCUUCGUUGGCUUCGUCCAAGACCGGUCGCUCGGGCAACAUCUACUAUAACGCGUCGCAUUAUGGCCGGUCCGAGUUCUCGCCUGCAGAGAACAGGAAGGAAAUCGACACGGACAAGUACCCGGUUCCGAUUUUGAGGUCCACAAGCACACGCUUGCCUAUGGAGAUGCGGAAGGGUGGUGCUCCUGCUAUUGCUACUGCUGCUGCUACUACUACUACUACUACUACUACUACUGGGUAUAACAGCAACGAUGCUAGCAACUACUUUUAG